GUUUGGGCAUUCCUGGGAAAAAAAGAAGAAGGCUUGGAAGCCCAGUUAAUAAGGCAUUGCUGCCUAGACAACUCUUGUGUCCUGAGGUUUUAAAGGGACAGACCUCCUGCCCUUCUCACCACUUGCCAGCUGUUGGCACUGCCCGGACCAAAAAGGAACUUCCAAGGCAGGGAACGGCCGCGCUGCUCCCUGCUUCCGCCCCUCCAGGAGUUGAUAGCCCUCUUCCGCGGCUGCUGCUAACCCUUUAUCUGGACGAAGGGGAGGGACCUCAGCAGAAGAGAAGCGGGUUUCUUUUUACUCAUUUUUUUUUCCUCAAGGGGAUGAAAGGAAAGCUGGACCUUUCUUUGAAAAGGAACUGGAAUCCAAAGAGCGUCCUGCUUCGUUCCGGAUGAAGUUUAGCCUGCCACCUGCGGGAGGUACAAUACAACUUCGAGGACAGCAGCUUUGGCAAAGCCGACGCUCCUCCGCUAUGGACUUUCCAGAUUUAGGGUGUAGCGAAGAAGCUUCUAUCACAGAGAGAAAUAGUCUUUUUGCUCACCGUCGCGGCGGAACCAAGAGAGAAGUGAGCGAAAAGCUGCAGGGCUGCAACUGCUGCGCGCCUCCCACCUUCCUGUGAAGUCUCCAGUUUGCCCCGUCCGUCGCUGAGGGAGGAAGCGCACGCGAGAGCGCUGCGAGGGGCUCGUGCGGGUCCGCAGGCGGGGCCAAGCCAAGCAGAGCCACGGCUUACGCGCCCGCCCGGAAAGUAAAGGCAGCUUUCGUUCGCUGCCGCCCCGCCGCCCCCUUUGGACUCCGCGGUUGGUGACGGGCCCUGCAACACGAUGCCCGGGCGGCGGUUGUGGUGGCGGCGGCGGGGGGCGCUGGCGGAACCCGCUGGCAGUUACUCCUGCAUGGCGGCGGUGCUGGCCUUCUUGCUCUUCCUGCUGCCCACCAGUUGCCCGGCGGUGGGCGCACAGAAUGACACCGAGCCCAUCGUGCUGGAGGGCAAGUGUUUGGUGGUAUGCGACUCUAGCCCGUCCGCCGACGGCGCCAUUACUUCAUCGCUGGGCAUCUCCGUGCGCUCUGGCAGCGCCAAGGUGGCCUUCUCGGCCACGCGCAGCACCAAUCACGAGCCGUCUGAGAUGAGCAACCGCACCAUGACCAUCUACUUCGACCAGGUAUUAGUUAAUAUUGGGAACCAUUUUGACCUCGCUUCCAGUAUAUUUGUAGCACCAAGAAAAGGAAUCUAUAGCUUCAGUUUCCAUGUUGUGAAAGUAUAUAACCGACAAACUAUCCAGGUCAGUUUAAUGCAAAAUGGCUAUCCUGUGAUUUCUGCUUUUGCUGGAGAUCAAGACGUUACCAGGGAAGCAGCCAGCAAUGGAGUCCUGCUCCUUAUGGAAAGAGAAGACAAAGUCCAUCUCAAGCUGGAGAGAGGAAAUCUCAUGGGUGGAUGGAAAUAUUCAACCUUUUCAGGGUUCUUAGUCUUUCCAUUAUAAAGAAAAAAAAAAGGUGAAUCCUAACCUGCAAGCUGGAACAGAAAUUCAGUCCUCAAAUGACAACAACAAAUCCCAAGAAGCUUCUGCAUCCUCCUAGAACUGGGCUAGACCUGCCAAUAAUUCCAAAUACCCCAUCAGACUGCCAUCACCGAAGAAGGGGAAAACUUCUUGAUGCCAUUCUUUGUGUUAACUCUUGACAGUUCCUUGAGAAAUCUGCAGAUCUGAUUAGUUUUAGAUAACAGUCAUCCUUAAGAAAAAAAGAAGUUACCAACCUGAGCAAUUUGUACCUGUGAUUGUAAAGUCAAUUUUGGAUUUUAUUGUUGGGAUUUCAUUUUCUUUUUUCCCUUUCUUCCUCUUCUUGUCUUGAAAGGAUACAUUAAUUGGGACCGCAGAAGUGUUUGUAAUGGACUUAUCCAAAGCCAGAAGACCCUGAUCUCUGAUGACAUGUUCCUAUAUGUUUUCUCUUUUUGUGUUUGCAUAGCCUUAAAAAAAGAACAAACGAAGCACCAAGAUAAAAAAAUAAGAAUUUUUCAAUUAUUCAAACUUCAAACCUGUAUCUUCUGGGGAGGUUAACUUUUGGACAUUACUGUGUCAAGAAGUGCUUUAUUCAGUGAAGCAAAUUUUGCACGAUUGGAACCUAUUUUAUUUUGUGUUACUUGUGUUUUCCAUCAUCUUUCUUUCCAUUUGCUGACUGUUCUUGUGCUAAAGAAGAAAGGCAAUUUGACCCAUAUGAUAAAGCAAGCACAUGUAUACUCUGAGGCUUGCAGUGAAACUAACCAAUGAACGAUGUUGCUUGUGUUAUCCAGCUGAUUUAAUAGAAGCAUUUGUUGGCACAGUGGAAGACAAUACAGCCUGAGCUGGAAAGGCAACGACUGAUAUUUCAUACAUUACCUGAAUCAGAAGUUGUCAAUAUCUCAAGCAAACAUGCUGUAAAAUAUAAUAUCAUUUAUUUGCAACACUGGGCAUCUUUUGCUGCUUUCCUGAUAUUUAUUUGAUGGAUUAAUUUACUUAUGUUUAUAUAUGCUGUGAUUUGGCCUCUCUGAGUGUUCCCACAAGUUAUCUUCCCUCCAGGUUAAGUAAAAACAGAUUCACACCAAAUUUGCUAGGACCAGACCGUUUGUGUGGCAGAAUCAAGGACACCGAAAUCCUUUGAAAGGUUACAAAGAUUAUGUCGUUCAGCUAUAAAUAUACCAUAAUUUGUAUAUCUUUUUCUUUGAUUUUUGUUGAAAUUUCCCCAAUUAACUUCCAAAGACUUUUGAGUAGUCUUAAUCCAAUACUGUAUACAAAAAGGUUACUGAUUUAAAAUAAUAAAAAGAAGAAACCUCAGGUUGAGUUAAAAUUCACCUUCUAUGUGUCAAUGUAACCAAAAUGCUGAUGAACUUUAGAUUCAGAAUAAAUGGGUUUCAUGUCCAACUUGC